CUCGCCCCCACCCCCUUCCACUGGUUCACCUUCUCUUCUCUGUCGGGCUUCCUUUCCUGGCUGUGACGAACCACGUCUUCGCCCUUCGCCGGAUCCUUUGCCGGCGACGAAGGACGAACCCACCAGAAUGGCGCAGAGCAAUUGGGAAGCGGAUAAGAUGCUCGACGUGUAUAUCUAUGACUAUUUGCUGAAGAGGAACCUGCAGACGACAGCGAAGGCCUUCAUGGCGGAGGGGAAGGUUGCUGCUGAUCCAGUCGCAAUUGAUGCUCCUGGAGGGUUUCUCUUUGAGUGGUGGUCUGUCUUUUGGGAUAUAUUCAUAGCAAGGACGAAUGAGAAGCAUUCUGAAGUUGCAGCGGCAUAUCUAGAGGCACAACAAAUAAAGGCAAGAGAGCACCAGCAGCAGAUGCAGAUGCAGCAACUGCAACUUAUGCAGCAAAGACAUGCUCAACUUCAGCGAACUAAUGCUAGCCAUCCUUCACUUAAUGGCCCAAUAAACGCUUUAAACUCUGAUGGCAUUUUGGGGCCAUCAACAGCUAGUGUUUUAGCUGCCAAGAUGUAUGAAGAACGCUUGAAGCACCCACAUUCAAUGGACUCUGAGGGAUCACAGCUUCUUGAUGCUAGUAGAAUGGCUCUUCUCAAGUCAGCUGCAACAAACCAUGCAGGGCAAUUAGUUCCGGGGACUCCUGGAAACGUGUCUACCACUCUUCAGCAAAUCCAGGCUCGGAAUCAGCAAACAAUUGAUAUUAAGGGUGAAGGUAACAUGGGAGUACCUCAGAGAUCUUUGCCCAUGGAUCCAUCAUCCUUAUAUGGACAGGGAAUAAUUCACCCUAAACCUGGAUUGAGUGGUGCAGGACUGAACCAAGGUGUGAGCGGUUUACCAUUGAAGGGCUGGCCGCUAACUGGAAUUGAUCAAUUGCGGCCGAAUCUAGGUGCUCAAAUGCAGAAGCCAUUUCUUUCAACACAGUCACAGUUCCAACUUAUGUCACCACAGCAGCAGCAACAAUACUUAGCACAGGCCCAAGCACAAGGGAACCUUGGCAACUCAACUAAUUAUGGGGAUAUUGAUCCCCGUAGACUUACAGCGCUGACCAGGAGUGGGUUGAAUGGUAAAGAUGGACAACCUGCUGGAACUGAUGGGUGUAUUAGUUCCCCUAUGCAAUCCAGUUCACCCAAAGUCAGACCAGACCAAGAGUAUCUCAUAAAGCAGACAUCUUCACAGCAACCGCAGGAGCAGCUUCAACAACAGCAGCAGAACCAACAGCAGCAGCAGCAGCAGCAGCAGAGCCAGCAGCAACAAAUGCAGCAGAACAAUAGAAAAAGAAAGCAGCCUACAUCAUCAGGACCAGCAAAUAGUACUGGUACAGGAAACACUGUGGGUCCUUCAGCCAAUUCCCCACCAUCUACACCAUCCACACAUACGCCUGGGGAUGGACUUGGAAUGGCUGGUAAUAUGUGCCACGUUCCGAAGAAUUUAAUGAUGUAUGGUGCAGAUGGAACUGGACUUGCCUCCUCUUCAAAUCAAAUGGAUGAUCUUGAGCAGUUUGGUGAUGUGGGCUCUUUGGAUGAUAAUGUUGAAUCCUUCUUAUCCAACGACGAUGGAGAUGCCAGGGAUAUUUUUGCUGCACUCAAAAGAAGUCCCGCAGAGCCUAAUCCAACCACUUCGAAAGGUUUUACUUUCAGUGAGGUUAAUUGUUGGCGCACAAGCAACAGCAAAGUUGUUUGCUGCCACUUCUCUACAGAUGGCAAGAUUUUGGCUAGCGCUGGACAUGAAAAGAAGGCUGUACUUUGGAACAUGGAAAAUUUCCAGACACAGUAUACGUCAGAAGAGCAUGGCGGUAUUAUUACCGAUGUCCGUUUCAGGCCUAACUCUAAUCACCUGGCGACAUCAUCUUUUGAUAGAACUAUUAAACUAUGGAAUGCUGCAGAUCCUGGAUUCUCUCUGCACACGUUCACUGGGCAUAGCUUCCAGGUCACAUCGUUAGAUUUCCAUCCAAAGAAAACUGAUCUUCUGUGCUCUUGUGAUGGCAAUGGUGAAAUCCGGUACUGGAAUGUGACCCAGCUUACGUGUAUGCGUGCCAUAAAGGGUGGUACUGCCCAAGUUCGGUUUCAACCUAAUGCUGGACAAUUUUUAGCCGCGGCUGCUGAAAACAUGGUUUCGAUAUUUGAUAUCGAGACACAUGGGAAAAAAUACACUCUGCAGGGUCAUAACACCGAUGUGCAGUCAGUGUGUUGGGACAACAGCGGGGAAUAUCUUGCCUCCGUCAGUCAGGACCUAGUUAAGGUUUGGUCAAUAUCAUCAGGAGAGUGCAUUCAUGAGCUUAGCUCCAAUGGCAACAAGUUCCAUUCCUGUGUAUUCCACCCAAGCUAUACCAGUCUAUUGGUUAUUGGAGGCUACCAGUCUCUCGAGGUAUGGAACAUGGUGAAGAACCAGAGCCUGACAGUACAAGCUCAUGAAGGUCUGAUUGCUGCGCUGGCACAGUCACCAGUGACAGGGAUGGUAGCUUCUGCAAGCCAUGAUAACUCCGUCAAGGUGUGGAAAUAACAAAAACAACAAUAAUGAAUCUAGGUAGCUUUUCUUUACCGGGUAAUUGAUAUUUCUCCGAUCGAGGCAUAAAAUGUGGGUGAGCUUGGUGUCGUGGGCGAUUGUGUUGUACUCAUACUCCGGCAAAUAAGGAAGAGUAGUAGUAGCAGUAGCUGGUUGCCUGUCAUGGUUGAGCUGUUUAAGUGCUUGUUGCAGCGAGUUUGUGGAUGUGUUGUAUUUAUCCUGAUAGGCUGUUUGUGUAGCUCAGGGAAAAAAAGAAUAGAACACUGGCUGAAAGGUGGCCGCCUGUUCUAUUUUUAUUUAUGAUGUAUCAUAUGUAACUUUUUAAUGUUUCAAUUGAAACUCGCUGCAAUUGGCCUCUGACGGUUCGUUGGGAAUUUGCGUCUUGUUGCAGCUGUGUGUUUGAUCUA